CGAGAAUCAAUUUGAGUCCAAACGAAAUGUGUGGCUCACUAUUGGGCGAGUCGUGCAGUCGGGUAUACAACCCGUUGUACAACUGGACCAUACCUUUGACACCCAUACCAAAGCCACCCGUAAAGCCUACCAGACCUCAGCCCAAAUCCGGUUCUCCUAAAUUAAAAGUCCUUCACUUAUCUGAUACACACAUCGAUCCCAUGUAUGCGGAGGGUGGGGAUGCAGUCUGUGGCGAACCCCUGUGCUGUAGGAAUGCCUCAUCAGAGAUAAGUGUGCAAAAUAGGGCCGGUUUUUGGGGCGAUUACCGCGACUGUGAUAUACCGCUCAGGACUUUGGAGCAGACCUUAAAGUUUAUCGAAAACACACAUCAAGACAUCGAUUAUGUGAUUUGGACCGGAGAUAUACCACCUCAUGAUGUCUGGAACCAAUCACGUGAUGGCCAGAUAUCACUCAUUAGACUUGUGGCCAAAACCAUACAUAAGUAUUUGGGAAACAUUCCCAUAUAUCCAGUCCUUGGAAAUCACGAGUCGGCGCCUAUUAACAGGGGUGCCUACUAUGCAGUGGUGGUGAAGCCGGGCCUCAAACUCAUAUCACUUAAUAUGAAUUACUGUAAUAACCAAAACUGGUGGCUACUGUUGAACGCUACGGAUCCCGCGGGACAACUCCAAUGGCUUAUACGGGAACUCCAGGCCUCUGAACUUACCGGAGAGAAAGUACACAUUAUCGGUCACAUCCCUCCCGGUUCUAACGAUUGUCUGCAGAUAUGGAGCAAAAACUAUAACCGAGUUGUGAACCGAUUCGAGACCACAAUCACCGGCCAGUUCUUCGGCCACACCCAUCAGGACGAGUUCGAGCUCUUCUACGAGACUAUAGCCGCUCCGAGGGCUGGCGUCUACAUCAGACCCACUAAUGUGGCUUAUAUCGGCCCCAGUAUGUCUACGUUUGGUAAUGUGAACCCCGGGUACAGAAUAUACACCAUUGAUGGCGACUACGAGAACUCGACGUUUCAGGUGAUGGACUUCGAGACCUAUUACUUGAAUCUAACGGAAGCCAACACUAAUCGGGAUUCAAAACCACUUGAAUACCAACUUUCUUAUACCGCUCGGGAGGCCUAUGGUCUGCAAGACUUAAGUCCAGAUAAUUGGCAUAAAUUUGUACUCCGGAUGAAGAAUGACAACCAAUUGUUCCAAAAGUUUUACAAAUACUUCUUCAAUAGGAGUGAUAAUAUCGGCGCCGACAAUGUGUGCACCGUGAUGGACAAUACUGGUAUCAAUGAGAAAGUCGAGCAAAAGUGGAGGGAUAUAUUGGUGAAUGGCAAAAUGGACCGGGGUAUCUCGCCUAAUGUGGACCCCGACACCCCUCCCGUUUGGUUCGACAGGAAUAAGUUUAUUAAAUCUCAAAAGUUGGCGCAUUAUAACUACGGAAGUCUACUAUUCGGUCAAUUCAUGGGUCUAUUGCUAGUGCUGUACCACUCGGACGGAUUGGCACCACUCAUAGUGACCGGCAACUCAUCUAAUGUGCAAAAACUAUUUCGACGUUAUCUGUCGACAAUGAUUCACGUGAAGUAUUGGUACCAAUUUGAUCCGUUUGACAAACACAGCAAAGCGUACAAAUCGCUCAAACACGUGAGAGGUCUGCACCGACAGGUGUCCACAUCGAUGAACGAAAAGGGCGAUCGAGUUGAGGGUCGGGAUCAACUCUGGAUACCACAGUACGGAAUGGUCCAUGCUCAGUUUUCGUUCAUUGGGUUGGUAGCCAUGUAUCCCGAAAAAUGUGGCUUACAUUCACUGCCCGCUGAAGACUUCGAUAGUUUGCUAUACUUUUGGCGAGUGAUUGGCUAUUGUCUGGGAACUGAUGAUCGCUAUAAUCUCUGUUCUGGAAGUAGCGAAGAAGUGGUGAAAUUGUGUCACUUGAUAUGGACGAGAGACUGGUACCCAGUGGUCAAUACUGUGCCACUCGACUGCCCGGGCGGUGAGGAGAUGGCGAAAGGCAUUUGUUUGGCUAUGAAUAGGGUCUCAAAGUUUAUUCGCUGGAAUGUAUUGAUGACAUACUGGACACCCAUUCUUAAGCUCACUCGACCCAUGAGAUUGCAAUCAUUUGGCGACUAUUUCUGGUAUUAUGUCAUCAAAUGUAGUAUGAGUUUUGCCACCAAAAUCCCAUUCUUCCGGUACCUCAUGUCUACCAGCGCUCGACUCAACCUCUCGAUAGCAAUCCGUUUUAAAAAUUAUAAAUACAAUAAUUUGAAGGAAGAGUACACAGACUUGAGUUACGAUAACAAGAGCUGUCCUUUUGAUGUCAAAUUCAAUUACACCGAUGUCUUCGAGACAAUCAAUGACAAAGAGUCCACAAAAUUAUAGUCAAUUCGUGUCAUAAUUCAUAUAAUAAUACUAUUUUAUACUUUUUAUUUAUAAAUAUAAUAUUAGUGUUUGCAAAAUAUUGUAUAUAAUUUUAAGGUUAAUAACAAAAUGAUAAUUACUGAUCAGAGA